ACAUAAAUUUUGUUCUACUUAUUUAUCUCUCAUCCCCCUCAUAUAGUUUUGGAAACCCUCCACGCCUUGGCAUUAAUUUUCUAUUUCAUCAUCUACCUUUCUAAAAAGUGGUUCAUUACAUUGGAACUGUUCAUCUUUCGUUUGAACAUUCUACCUUUUAUAGCUCAACUCACAUUCGCUCACAUUCGCUACAUUCACUUUGCCCCUGACGUUGUUUCGUACUUGAAGUCUUGUACCUGUCGUCCGGACUCUGAUCAGCUUACCUACUCACAUCAUCUAUAUCACAUAUUGCAAGAUGCGUUCAUCAACACUAUCAGCAUCUGCUGUUGUCCUCCUCUCAGGACUUGCUAGUGCACAAACAUUUACUGAUUGUGAUCCAACCAAAAAAAGUAAGUUGGAUGAAGCCUUGCUGAUAAAAAUAAUCUAACCAUCAGCCAGCCUGUCCUGCAGAUCCGGCCAUCGGAGGAAUUCAAGUGACCGAUUUCACAGCUGGAAAGAGUAGCAACUGGGAGGAUGAAGCUGGUACAACAAUGACAUACGAUCCUGAACUUGGUGCCAAGUUCGUCAUCAGCAAAAGCACCGAUGCACCCACCAUCAAGAACGUCGGGUACCUGAUGUUUGGUAGAAUCGAAACAUGGAUUCGUGCAUCGCCUGGAACUGGUAUUGUCAGUAGUUUCAUUCUCGAGUCCGAUGAUCUCGAUGAAAUUGAUUGGGAAUGGCUCGGUUACGACAACAAGUCCGCCGAAAACAACUUCUUCGGAAAGGGUAACACCACCACCUACAACCGUGCCCAAUACCCACCAGUCGCUACCCCGAUGGACAUCUUCCACAACUACACCAUUGAUUGGACUGCUGAAUCAACCGUCUGGUACAUCGAUGGAGUAGCCGUCCGAACCCUUGCCUACGAUGACCCACUUACCGUUGGCGGAAAGAACUACCCUCAAACUCCUAUGUUGGUCAAGAUGGGAAGCUGGAUCGGAUGUUUAGAUCAAGCAGCUGUAACCAACCCCGCCACAGCAGGUACCUGUUCGUGGGCUGGAGGAGCCGCUGAUCUCACCAAGGGCCCAUACACUAUGUAUGUCAAGAACGUCACCAUUCAAGAUUACGGAUGCGCCACCGAAUAUACCUAUGGCGAUUUGACCGGUUCCUACCAAUCCAUCAAGGCCACUGGUGGCUGCAGCAAAGAUGGAAAAUCCACCUUGUCUUCUUCCAGCAGCUCAUCUUCCAGUUCCUCAAGCGCAUCUGGCAAAUCCACCAGCGGAAGCUCAACUAAGACUGCAAGUGGAACUGCAAGUGGAACCGCAUCUGGGACCGCAUCUGGGACCGCAACUGGAAUCCAAACAGCAACACUUUCCGCGGGUGUCAAAGCCACGGGCACAUCAUCAGCAUCAGCCUCAGGUUCAACUAGCGGUUCAUCCACCUUAACCCAAGUCAGCACUUCCGACUCCAACUCCAUCAAGAAGCCCAAACACGAAUACGGCAUGCUUGACCUUGGCGUCAUGGCUUUGGGUCUUGGACUUGGUUAUCUCGUCAUGUAAAGUCACACAAUAUAAUCUUGUCUUUGGUCGAAUUUUAGCGUUCUUUUCCGUUUCUGUGCGUGUGUACGGGUACGAAUGAGAAAAAUGUAUGAAUCUCCGGCUGCUGUAUUGAAUAUGGCCCGAUUUUAGGCGGGUUUUCUCAUCUCCGAAACAUAGAUUACGAUGGAGAAUGUAUUGCUUGUAAUGAUAUACCCGAAGUAUGAAAGGGUGAAUGGAGCGAAGAAUAUUUUUACUGAGGGGUUUUUUAGCUUUCGUCGAGAUUUGCAGCAAGUUGAUAGAUGGAGGAGGCAGAGCGUUGCAUUGCAUUGCAUUAAAAGGGUAGGAGUUAUUGAGUGAUAUACUAUUCAUAUUUAUUAUAUAGCGGUUUAAUGAUUGAUAGAGAAGAAAAUCAAAAAGUUUC